CAUCGCGUCGAAGCUCGCUACUCUCCAUGUCAUGGUUCUCGCCUUCGAUAAGACGUACGUGGACGUGCAUGACGUCCUUCAUAGGAUCAUCUCCGACCCCGACUCGCUCAUCCCGACAGUGUGGGAAAUGUAUCAGCGACAGGGUACCCUGGAUAGUCUCGAAAAGCUCUCAGUGGCUCACCAACAGACCGUCAUCACCUUGCUCAACCGCGUCAUCGACUUUUUACCUGCUUCUUCGUCAACAUUUCGCUCUCUCAUCGAUUUUACCAUCAGCAAACUCGAACUUCUCUCGGGAACCACCACUACAGAGAGUCUUGUUGCGACCGGGGGAGCCGGGGGAGAAGGAACAUUUGGUCCUCACCCUUCCAAGAGAGCAGCAGAGGUCAAAGAGUACGCCGACAUCCCCAACCUGACUGUUCUCGUUGAGCUCGUACAGUCUGAACCUGUCUUGACCGAAAGUCUGGGCGACGUCUACAUUGGGCGCUUCAUCGAUCACAUCGCUGAUGCCGGUACAGGUGGAAGACGGAAGGAUGAGG